CGGUCUAUGGGAGUGUCGCAACUCUGUUUUUUCAUCGGCUCUGGGUACAACCAUAGACAGUAAAAGUGUCCUGCGUGUUUCGCCGAAGUAGCCCCGAUGACGCUCAGGAGAAACUUCUUAAACCUAAAAUGACGAUUCGACAAGAUUAGAUCUCUUGGAUUUAAUGGACACGGUGACGGAUCACGCAGCAGCAAUACCACACCGCAAGUUUACAUAACAUGAAGUGUCCCAGCUGGAACGGUUCAUUGCAUAUUUCACCAGAUGAUUCUCAAAACUUGAAUUUUCAAAAUUCUCUGCGAUUAUAAAAAACAACAUAUGUAUGUUCUAGGAUAAGAUUAUCCUAGAUGUUUUCAUCAAAAGCAAAAUGAACACAGCCUGUGCCUUUGUGCUUUUCCUUUUGCUCUUGGUCUCUGUUUCAGCAGGUUCUCAUACUUUGACGGGGCUUGCAACAUACAUUAGAGAAAACGCAUUUAGUGCUUCAUUGAUGUUGGAUGACAUCACUGUAGGAUAUUAUGAUUCAGAAACAAAGAUCUAUGUUGCAAGAGGAAAUACUACAAACGAAGAUGAUGUCAUAGAUCCAAGUACCAUCAAGGAUGUAGGUGCAAAUGUGCUUAAUCAUUUUCAAAAAAUAUCACAUCUCCUGAGACCUGUCAACGAAACAGAAAGUUAUGUAGUUCAUCAGGUGGUGACGUUUUGUGAACAGAGUGACAAUAACCUUGGACAAAUAACCACCAAAACCGCUUAUCAAGGCUCUACAUUUGAUGAACUGCAUUUUUUCAAUGGCAAAUUCACAUAUCAGCUAUUUUCAAAUUACACGGGACCAGAAAAAAUACGGGAUCUAGAACGGUCCAAGUCACGUCUUGAGAAUUUCUAUUACCCAGCCUGUAUAAAAAUGCUGAAGAAUUACCUUAAAACAAGAGAAACUCAAUUAAACAGAAAAGUGAAACCGCUAGUCAGGCUCACCCAGAAAGCAAACUCAGAUUCUGGAAGGUCUCGUUUGAGUUGUUUGGCUUCAAGAUUUUACCCUCGUCACAUCAACCUGACCCUGUUCAGAGAUGGGCAGCCUGUAUCUGAUCAUGAGAUCACUGGAGGAGUUCUGCUGCCCAAUGCUGACGGGACGUACCAGAUGAGGAAGAGUCUGGAGAUCAGUGCUGCAGACAAACACAAAUACACCUGCUCUGUCACACACCUCAGUCUGGACAACACUUUGGAUUUCAGUGAACCGUUUAAAUCAGUGAUCCUCUCAGUGCUGAUAGUUUUGGCUCUGGUGUUGGUGUUUGGGACUGGAGUCGUCAUAUAUAUAUAUAUAAGGAGGAAGAGACGAGCAGGUCAUUCAUUAAACAUUUUUUUCAGCACCCAAAGAACACGUUGAAACAUGACUUCAUGACUCAAGACUUGAUGCUACAUGGAUGAACAUCUUCAAAAAAAUGAAAAAAUAAGUUUUGACAGUUGCUUGGCUUUAUUAUGAAGUAACAACAUGAACAAUAUUGUUAGUUUUUAUGUGCCGUUUUAACAAUUGUCUUUAAAACACAUUGUGAUCUUCACACAUUACAAGUGACGUGCAAGAUGGUGCCUGUGUGUUUGUCGGUAUGCCAUUUAUCUCGUCAGUUUUUAGAUAUCCAUUCAGGACGGUGACGAAUCUGCUUUCUCUGCUGUUGUUAAUGCUUUGUGCUGAUGCUAUCAUCACCUAUAAUCACCAAGUAUUACCACACAUCAAAAGUUUGUUAGAGAGUCAACCCAGAGACUGUCCCAUUGUUACUCCUCGUUCUCUCGAACUUUGUCCUUUAAACUAUUUUUUUUUUUUUUUUAGCUCUAUGAGAUGUGUUGGAAAAGGAGGUGGAGUGGCUAUGGUUUUCAGGAACUGGUUUAAAUCUCAGUCCGUCUCUGUCAGGAACUUUUCUACUUUUGAAUCUCAAUGUGUUAAUAUAUAUUCUGCUACUCCGUUAUUGGUUAUCCGUUUUGGUCUACAGGCCCCGAAAACCAGAUAAAGGUUUUAUAAAAGCGAUUUCUGUAUUUGUUUCUCAUAUUGUCACAUUAUACCUGAAGGACAUUACUGGACCCUUGCUGGAUCCUCUUCAGUUUACCUGAGCAAACGGGUCUGUAGAUGAUGCAGAAAACAUGGGGCUGCAUUAUGUUCUGCAACAUCUAGACACACCAGGGACUUAUGUGAG